AUGUUCAUGUUGCUUGUGUUUGGAUUGCUACUGCAAGAAACUCUGGCUAAUUCCCAAGCUGAAAAUCUUACUGAAUUCAAAAACGCUCCGGAAGCGCCGUUAUAUAGCUACGAAACUAUCAACUUGCCAGAUGAGCAUAUUCCGUACUUUCUGCACAAUAAUCAGCGUAUUGCUGGCAUCUGUGAGCAGGACUCUCGUUGCCCAUAUAAAGUAAGUUUUUAUUCUGUGUUACAGAAAUACUUGAAGAAGCGAAGAUCCUGCUGGGGUUAUGAGAAAUCUUGCAAAUCAGAUCACAGGUUCAGUUAUCCAGUGUGUGAUUACGUAGAAACUGGAUGGGCAAGUGACAUUGAGACAGCCCAACAGAUAUUCUGGAAACAAGCUGACUUUGGCUACAUUCGAGAGAGGCUCAAUGAAAUGAAAACCCAUUGUAAGCCUGCAGCAACAGGAGAUUCAUCUCUGACCUGUUCUCAGUACCUUCAGCAUUGCAGAGCAACAAACUUGUACAUUGAUUUACGAACUGUAAAGAGAAACCACGACAGAUUCAAAGAAGACUUUUUCCAGAAGGGAGAGAUUGGAGGUCAUUGCACCCUCGAUGUUCAGGCAUUUUUGGCUGAAGGUCAACGCAAGAGCCCUCUGCAGUCUUGGUUUGCAGAACUCCAGACGUUUACUGCAUUAAACUUCAAGCCCCUAGAAGAUGAGAAGUGUGAUGUUGUUAUUGAGAAGCCAACAUACUUCAUGAAAUUAGAUGCAGGUGUUAAUAUGUACCAUCACUUCUGUGAUUUCGUCAAUCUUUAUAUUACACAACACAUCAAUAAUUCCUUCAGUACUGAUGUCAACAUAGUCAUGUGGGACACUAGCUCGUAUGGCUAUGGUGACCUGUUCAGUGAGACAUGGAAGGCAUUUACUGACUAUGAAAUAAUACACUUGAAAACCUUUGACUCUAAAAGGGUAUGUUUUAAAGAAGCAGUCUUCUCAUUACUGCCUCGAAUGCGGUAUGGCUUGUUUUAUAACACACCAUUGAUCUCUGGCUGUCACGGUACAGGGCUGUUUAGAGCAUUUUCUCAGCAUGUGUUACACAGAUUGAAUAUCACGCAAGAAGGGCCGAAGGAUGGGAAAAUUCGAGUCACAAUACUUGCACGCAGUACAGAUUACCGGAAAAUAUUAAACCAGAAUGAGCUUGUGAACGCUAUGAAAACAGUAUCAACGUUGGAGGUCAAAGUGGUAGACUACAAAUACAAGGAACUUGAAUUUUCAGAGCAGUUGAGAAUUACCCACAACUCUGAUAUAUUCAUUGGGAUGCAUGGAGCUGGACUUACCCAUUUGCUCUUUCUGCCAGACUGGGCUGUUGUUUUUGAACUGUACAAUUGCGAAGACGAACGCUGCUACCUGGAUUUGGCGAGGCUGAGAGGCAUUCACUACAUCACUUGGCGAAAAAGGAAUAAAGUAUUCCCUCAAGAUGAGGGACACCACCCAACGCUGGGAGAACAUCCAAAAUUUACAAACUACUCCUUUGAUGUGGAAGAAUUUAUGUACUUGGUGCUUCUGGCUGCAAAUCAUGUUUCACAGCAUUCCAAGUGGCCAUUUAGGGUAAAACAUGAUGAAUUCUAA